AUGGACACGACCGAACCGCGGCGCGGGGCCUCAGAGGACACCGAUGCCAAUGACCACAGCGACCACAGUGGCCACAGCCCCGUGUCCUUCCACGACGCUAAACAGGAACUCCCAGAUGACUUACCCAAAUCCCUGGAUGAUCGUCGCUCCGUCCCAUUCUUCCAGCCGGAGACUGAGAUGUAUGAUGCUUGGCAAGGUCAAUCACAAUUCUUGACCGCGCCGGUCGCCGCAAAGCCAUUAUCCUUCAGCCUGGCGCUCGACGACCAUUCGCACGAUAGUGAACAUGACCUGCGGGCCUAUUAUGGGCGCGAUCUCGAAGAUAGCGAUGCCCGGUUGAUGGAGAUGCUUGCUGCCCAGGCGGCACAUAGAGAGGUGGAUUCACUCACUGCGGACGAAGAGACAAUCGCCGCGGACGAGAAAUUGACCGAUGCCGAGAAGCGCGAUAUUCUCCAAAAGAGCUUGAAUAUGGCAGCCAGCAAUGGUGAUGUGGAGCGCGUGCGCAAAUUAGUACAGGGUCAGGCGAGGACAUACGUUGAUGUUAAUAUGCCCGAUGAGGAGGGGACUGUGCCGUUGAUUUAUGCUAGUUGCUUUGGUCACCAGGAAGUCGUUGCUGCGCUCAUUGACGCCGGUGCCUUUGUCGAUAGGCAGGAUCGUAAUCAGUGGAGCGCUUUGAUGUGGGCUAUGACUAACAGACAUAAGACGAUAGCGAAGAUACUGCUUGAUCAUGGGGCAUCGCCGGAUAUCAAGUCGUCGUCUGGGGGUACGGCUUUUGAUUUCGCGCAGCCGGGCAGUGAAAUUUCCGAAUAUCUCCAUGGAUAUGGCUACACUUUUGGCGCUGUUGCUAUCACAGAUGACUUCUAUGAUGCGGGACUGGCGCAUGGUCGUUUCGAGGAAGAGCUAGCUGAGACUGAGAUGAAGAGGCGGAUGAUGAUGGAAGAGAGCGCAAUCAACUUGGAGGUUGAUCUGUCUAGCCUAGGGCUCGAUGAGAAAUUCGAUCCAUCCGAUGAGGAUGAACUCGAGGAAGAUCAGCAGGAAUUUGUUUGGGACAGAUGUCUGAACGAUCAGAUGUUUGUCUUCCAGGAUCAUGAGCUAGAGCGCAUUUUGGAUAUCAUCAUCACCAAUAUGACCCCCCAGCGGUCCCCUUCUCAGAAGCCAGUGCCUGCAAAUCUUCUCUUCCUCAGCGCCCGUUAUGCACAUUACCAUGCCAGUCCUGAGCUGCUCACAACUCUGCUCACAUCUGCAAUGGAUAAGAUCAACGACGUUGUAGAACGUUAUCAAUGGGAUAUGACAAUGCAAGCUUUCUGGCUGUCAAAUGCCACACUUCUGCUCCAUUAUCUUAAGAAGGAUGGAGGCCUAGUGGAAUCUACUGUCGAGUUUCAGCUCCACCUGGCGGAGCUGAUCAACGAGGUUUUCGUUCUCGUUAUUCGUGACGCCGAGCGUCGAAUGAACAAAGUCCUGGAUGCGGCAAUGCUGGAUCAUGAGACCAUCCCUGGACUGGAGGAUGUGGCGUUCCAAAACGAGUGGAAGCUGUUCCGCAAAAAUAAAAGCAAAGACCCCGAGCCCGAAGAGAAGCGAUUCCGACCUCCAUCACCGCGGCGACGAGCACAGAUCUCGCCUCGGAACAUCACCUCUUUACUUUCAUCCACUCUCUUUGUACUCGAUCUGUAUGAUGUUCACUCGGUGAUCACGACACAGAUCCUCUCUCAACUUUUCUACUGGCUUAGUGCCGAAAUCUUCAACCGAAUCAUGAGCACAAAACGAUAUCUAGCGCGGACGAAAGCGAUGCAAAUACGCAUGAAUGUCUCAACAUUAGAGGACUGGGCGCGCACAAACAACCGUGUGCCAGAGCAUUACGAAAACGGAUCUACAAACAGCACGGGAGAGUCCACAAUUGAGGCCGCCCGUCGACAUCUGGCUCCGGUCAUUCAGCUUCUUCAAUGGCUCCAAUGCUUCUCAUCGCUCGGUGAUGACCAUGAAUCUCUUGUGACGACCCUGCUCCAACUCCAACAACUCACGCCCGCCCAGCUCCUGCAUGCUGUCAAGUCAUAUCGCCCAGAAGUAGGCGAGAAGGGGCUAAAUAAGGAAGCAAUGAAGUUCCUUCUCGAGAUGCACCAUGACCCCGAAUUGCUAUUUCGCCGGCAGCAAGAAAUCCAAGAAGAGAAGGCAAGGGCAGAAGCUGGACUAGGGCCUGUAGCAGCAGCAGAUGCUCGUCCGAAGACGCCAUCAAGGGAGCAGCCCUCCGAAGCACCCACAUCUCCUGACCAGACGCUAUCUCCCAGCUCAACCGGUAUAUCAUCGCGACCUGCGAGCAUGAUUGCCGGUAGAAAUGACGAUCGCCCAGGUGGCGGCAAUAGUGUCUUCCUCGAUCCCACACUUUUCCUCCCUUUCUCCCUUCCAACAAGCACAGACAUGCUUAUCAGCUACGGUGCUGGCUUUGGCGGCACCAAUCGCGAACGAGCUCGCAAAUACAUUCCUACGGUCCCGCCGGAGGUGUUGAGUCGAUUCGAUCGUGGCGAUAUAUGA